AUGGAUCAAAACAACAACAACAACAACAACAACAACAACAACGAUGAUAAUGAACAAUCUAUUGUAACAUUAUUACAUAGCUACGGUGUCGGAUCAGCAAGAUACCUAUCUUUCAUUCCUACCAACAACAACGCAAUCAAUAUAUGUCCUACAAGUCAUGAUCCCAACAACUCAAUACAAAAUGAAAUUGAUCCUUCUUCUAACCAUUUGAUAACUUUAUCAAUUGGUAGCUCUGUUUCAGUGUGGAACGUUCAGUCUCAACAAAGAUUGUUAUUCAAAAGGUUACAUCAAGAUAUUAUUACUUGUCUGAUUAAUCUCUCUCAUGUAUCACCUUAUUCUUCUUCAUCAUCAUCAUCAUCUUCUUCUUCCUCAUCAUCUUCUUGUAAACCAAUGUAUAUUAGUGCAUCAUAUAGUGGAGAGAUUGGUGUAUGGGAUAAGAGUUGGAACAAAAUAGGCUUUUAUAGGUUACCUGAAAGAAAGUCAAUCAAAGUGAUGCAUCUAUCUGUACAUCCCUUGAUUCAAAUAAUAGACAAUCAAGAAGAAAUCGAAUCAAUCAACAUUGCAGUGAGUAGUGAAGCUGCAAAUUGCACAAUCUUUAUUAUCAACUACAAUCUCUCGUCCUCUUUAUUUAAGUUGGUAUCUAUUCAAGAAGGAUUAAACUUUUUUGCAGAGAUUAAUCAAGAAAAUAAAUUGGUAACAAUCCAACAGAAUGUUGGAAAGGCUGGUUUCGAACAUGAUAGAACAGAACAUAUAGAGGAUGAUAAAGUGUCUUUGGUAGUCUAUCAAGGCGUUGGUACUAUGGAAAGUCCGGCAAGAAAAAAGUAUCAAUUUACAUUUGACUCUCCACUUGGAGUUGAAUGCGCUGUCGUUGUCAAGAACAAGAGUAUAUCCAAUCAAAUGGCUGUUGUCAUUGGUAGAACAAUAGCUGUCAUGGAUACUCUCAACGCACAAUGCUUGUGGCGAGUAAAAUGUGAGGGUCAUGGUGUAAUUAAAGACAUCAUAUUCGACGGGGCCACCCUUAUCGUUCCCAAUUCAUCCAAACUUUUGGUAUAUCAAUUUGGUAUUAACCAUCCAAUACAAACUAUCAAAUCAGAGCAUGGUGCCGUUUACGCUCUUCAGUGGGCAAUCAGAAAUCAAAGAAUAUGGAUAUUUGAUGAAGCUGGUGUUCAUAAUAUAUCAAUGAUCAAUAAUAAUAAUCAAAAUAAUCAAAAUAAUCAAAAUAUUAAUAAUAAUGAUAAUAAUUUAGUUGAUAGUUUUAAAUUAAUUCAUUAUCAAAUAACAUGUUGUGGAGUAGAUUUUAACCAUGAUGCAUCGAUGGUUGCAGGUGGAGACUUUUUUGGAAAUUUAUUAAUUUGGUCAUCAAGAGAUGAUAAUAUUGGAGAAGCACCGAUCAAAACCCAUUCUUUUGGUAUUCCUAUUAGAUGUUUGACUUGGUCAUUAAAUCAAAAAGAGGAUAGAAACAUUAUAAUGGUUGGAACAAUGGACGGAGGUUUAAUGUGCUUUGAUUUUAUUAAAGAGGAAUCGUGCUUGAUUGCAAAUUUAGAUAAUGAUGCUAUCACUUGUUUGCAAUGGGGAGGUAGCAACAGAGAUUUACUAGCAGCUGGCACUACUGGUGGUAAUCUAUAUCUCUUUCAAUACAACCAAGAGACAAACACCUUUAAAUUGCUUUGGAGAAAAUUGGCGCACAAACCACAUAUUGGCAAGGAACAAGAUCUCAAGUUUGGUUCAAUCAACAAAUUUGCAGAAAUUUGGUCACUCACCUUUUCACCACCAUAUCAACAUGACGACAACAACAAUAUAAUGAUUGCUACCUGUUCAGAAGAUCAAACCACAGCUAUUUGGGAAUUGGAGGAACAAGAAAAAGAACCUUGUCAGAGUAUCAAGGUUUUGACAGGACAUUCAUUAGCAGUAACAUGUGUUGAUUGGAUACAUACCAAUGAGAUGGGAAACAUUUUAGCUACUUGUGCAGAUGACCAUACCAUAAGAGUAUGGAAAACAUCAACAACAAACGUUGAAAAUUGGGAAGAGAUUGGAAUAUUCAAAACUACAGAUGAUGUGGGAGAGUGGCACACUGUCACCUACCUUUCACUUAUUGAAUGUGAGAAUGGUCGAGUAGUAGUGGCAUGUUCAACACAAAAUGGAUGGUUAUUCAUUUUUGAUCUCAAAUCAAUGACAAAAGUGUUUUCUAAAAGAAUUCAUCUUGGGUCAAUUGAAGGUCUAAAAUGGAAUAGAUUAAAAAAUAGAGUAAAAUAUUAA